AUGCCCCCUCAACCCCCGCAAACAUCACAGCCCGUUCUACCUCGCGACGCCCGCCUGAUCGCCCUGAUACUGGCAGCAGCAGGCGCAGAGGACUGCGAGGAGGGUGUCGUGCGGAUGCUCGUCGAGUUUGCGCAUCGCUACACAAGCGACGUCCUGACCGACUCGCUGCUCUACGCCGAGCACGCCCGCGUCGGGUCAACUUCGACCGCGCCGGUCGUUCCUUCCGUUGAAGACGUACGAUUGGCGGUGCAAGCACGAACAGAAGGCGCACAAGUGCCCAAGGAGUUCCUCCUGCAACUCGCGACGACUGUCAACUCCGUUCCCCUCCCUCCCGUACCCGAAGUUUACGGCAUCCGACUCCCUCCACCCGCACAACGUCUCACCGCGCCCAACUUCUCCCUCGUCCCUCGCUCCGCCGGUCCUCCAGCACCUCCCGGCGCAGAAGGCGACCUCGACGCAUUGGCAGCUUUCGACGCAGGACUCGGGACGAACGGAGACGGGACGGCAACGGCGGAAGGGAGCGAAGGAAUCGGUGGCGGGUUGUUCGGGGAGGACGAGGACGAAGAUGACGAUGCAGACAUGGAGGAGAUCGAGGCGGGUCUUAUGGGGACGAACGGUUCAUCAAGCAGUGGAGGCGGUACCAAGCGAAGAGCAGAGGACGACGAGGACUACGACUGA